AGUGGUUUGAGUUCAGGGACUUUGGGAUAAACAUGGUAGACGAUGAAGUGGGGAAGAAGCUGAUUAACGGCCACUUCUUUGCUAUAAUCCAACAUCUUUUUCAUGAUUUUAGCAUUAUAUUGUAAAGCCCUUUUCCAGAUUUCCCUACUUCAACACAAUUGCGUUGCUGGGUUCUGCUAAUUCUCAGGCUACACCAUCGCCUUUCGCAUUUUGUUGAAGCUUUCUCGGCCAUGUUCUUUAGGGAUUUUCCUUUUUUUGGAGGUUUCAUGGCUAGGCGACAAGUAAAAUCCUGGUGAUUAUCUUCUUCCCUAAUUUAUUGUACUCUUUUCCUGUUUUGCUUCUGUAAGUAGUUCUUUUAAUGGUAGGAGUUUAAUACUCGUAUAUGGGUUUUGGUAGAAAUCUUAAUUUGUUAAUUGGUAAUUUAUUGAUUCAUUCUUUUAAAUUCUGCUGCUCUUUCAUUUUGGCGGUUUCAGAGUUUAAAGUAAGAGGAAUUCGCUACUUAAUUUCCGUGGCGUACUUCAGAAAAGCUUGCUUGACAAGAUGAUUCUAUGUUUAUCAAGUAAUGCCAGGGGCAGUUCUUCGGAUACUUAGUUUAAUUGGUUUUAGUUCCUUUUAGAUUUCGAGUCUUCAUAUUUUUUAUACGGGGAAUUCUUUGCUCGUAAUGCAUAAUUUGUUGUGACCACCUUGGUGCGAGAAUAUGUUGAAGUUAAUUGUGCAUACUCCUUUUGUAUGAAUUUCUUGUUCUUAUGCAUAUAUUAGUGGAAAUUAUGCUGAUUUUCGAUCAAAUCAGUCUGGCUUCUCUUUCAUAGUUGACUCUGCUGUAUUCGAAAAGUUAAUUAACGUGUUUUUCCUUAAUUACUGAAGAAGGUUGAUGUGGAAUAUUGUUGCAUUUGGUGCAUUUCAGCUGAUUCAGGCUUCUGAUUGAAUAUAUUUGUCAAUAUGGAUAAGUUUGGAGGUUUUGGGUUUGAUGGUAGCAGCAGAAGUGUGAAGAGAAAGAGAAGCAUCCGACACCGGCAUCCACAAGAUGAGUCCCCAUCUAGUUCAGCUUUCUAUGACCAUUCAUCCUUGGCAUCAACACCUUUGUCAGAUAGUAUGAGCAAAGCAUCAAGUGAAGAAAAUGCCUUGAAUGGUGCUUCCUCUAGAUCAGAAAAUGUGAAGCAAAACAUUUCAGAAGCAUCAGAUACUAACCUGUCUGAAGUUGGAACUGUUGUCAAGACCAAAGAUGAAAGAUUACAAACGGGAGAAUCCAAUGAGUCUGCUAUUAGGAAACUGAAGAGGGUGAAGCUUAAGGUUGGUGGUGUUACUCACACGUUACACACCAAAACUUCUUCUGAAGAUUCUUCCUUGGCUGCCUCUUCAUCAUUGAAGACUUCCGAUGUUUCUGAUACCCUCCAUGCUAAGCAUAAACUGAUUUCUGAGGAUCGUCUAGGCGAAGAUCAUCAUGCUCCAAAAGGCAGAGAAAGUCUGCGUGGCAUCCCAUGGAAGGAUUUCUCCAAGAGUGGAAUUAUUAUCAAGAAACCAGCUCUCUCUGUGGGUAGGACAGCUGAACAAGAUGUCUCUGCGAAGCAUUUUGGAAAUAAUGAGUCAUCUCGUAAGAGCAAGCGUGUUCCGAAGAGACGUUUGAUAGCUGAAUCUUUUGAGGAUGAGGAAGAAAAUAGUGAUGAUGAGAUUCGAUAUCUUGAAAAAGUCAGAGGUGUGAGAUAUAGUUCAAGUUAUAUAGCAGAAGCAAUAGAUGAAGAAGGAAGUGGGAAACAGCGGAGUCUUUCUGGGGUCAUUCAUAGCGAGCUUUAUGGUAAUGAUGUUGAUAUGAGAUAUAACAGCUCAACAUCAGACAAGGAGAGUAAUAAGUCAAGGUCAAUGCGAGCAUCUGAAGAUAGUGACUAUUUUGAAGAUGAAGAAUUGUUGUCUGAUGAUGAUGAGCCUGAACUAAAGAAGAAACGGAGCAAGGAGUUUAUAGAUGUCUCUGGGUUGUACAAGGAGGAAAUGGCUAUCACUACUCGCCAGAGGGCACUCAAAAGUGGCAGGGCUUAUUCCUCCACUUUUGGUUCUAACUUAAUUGAGUUCCCACAUGGAUUACCACCUGCUCCGCCUAAAAAGCCGAAGGAAAAGCUGUCUGAGGUUGAGCAGCAAGUAAAGAAAGCUGAGGCAGCUCAAAGACGUCGGAUGCAACAAGAAAAGGCUGCUCAGGAAGCAGAGGCUGAGGCGAUUCGGAAAAUUCUGGGCCAAGAUUCCAGUAGGAAGAAGCAAGAGGAUAAGCUUAAGAAGCGACAAGAGGAGCUGGCUCAGGAAAGGGCUGCGAAGACAGUUCUGCCUUCAAAUUCGGUGAGAUGGGUGAUUGGCCCUUCCGGAACUACAGUUACAUUCCCUGAUGAGAUAGGCCUUCCAAGCAUACUUGAGUCCAAACCUCUAAGUUAUCCCCCUCCACGUGAAAACUGCGCCGGCCCUUCUUGUACAAAUGCAUACAAGUACCGUGAUGCAAAGUCAAAACUGCCUCUCUGCAGCCUUGGUUGCUACAAGGCAAUCCACGAGAAAAUGCCAAGCGUAGCUUCUUUUUAGAGUUGAUUAACUUUAAGCUGUUCUCCAAAAAAAAAAAAAAAAAUAAAGGAAAAGCUUUUAGCUAGUUUGUUUUGCGGAAUCUCUGUGUAAAGUUAAUUCGUUUAGUGCUUGUAGCCGUAGGAAUGGCUAGCUGUAGACUGUAGUAUGUGUAGCUUCUCAUAUUAGAUCCUAGAGGAUGUAGGGCAAGAACUUGACUAAUUUCUCAGUAAGAAUGUAAAAAUAUGCACUCACCAGUAAAAGAGUGAAUGUGAUGCUUCAAUUCGAGCUUGGUUUAGCUCAAAUUUUGGUUUUGGUAAGAACACUUUGUCUCCCAAUGCAAAUGAAGGGCACCGCCUAUUUGCUCUCUUAAGAAGUGACUCCAUGUUAUAUACCCAUCUUCCUCAGAGGUUACUGUAUUAAUC